AUGGCUCUUUCGAGGCGUAUACAACGCACGUUAAUUUUGCUUGUAUCAAUAUUUGCGUUAACUUGUGUUUUGAAUUUUUUCAAGCACAAAAACUCCAUAGUAUACUUAAAGAAUCCAACAAUACCCAAAUCAAAAAUUGGAGAAAUUGUUGAUAGUACACCAUUUGACAUAUCUACCAUACGAACGAUAAAACAGGAAAGCAUACUACAGAAUUAUCGAUCAUUUACAAUUGAACAUCCAGAAAUCAUCAACUGGGAUAAAUUUGCCUAUGUGUUUUAUGCAACAUCACCUGAUCAACUGUUACCAGUAUUUAUAAAUGUGAAAGAAUUGAGAAAACUAGAAACACAAGCACAAAUACAUCUGAUUUACUCCUUCCAUGGUGUGGGGGAUGACUCUAGGACGGAGAGAAUGUUGAAAUUACUUGAAACUAGAUACAGUACAAAAUUGGAAAAAAUUGAACCCAUAAGACCAACAGCCGAUGAUUUUAGCAGUUGGUCCGAUUCGUUUACCAAACUAUACGCAUUUAAGCUUGUCCAAUAUGAUAGGAUUGUGUAUUUAGAUGCAGAUUCGGUGAUUCGGAAACAUAUGGACGAAUUAUUCCUUUUACCGCCUGCAUUGAUUGCAGCACCUUUGAAUUAUAUUGAUUACAGAAAAAUAUAUAAACCUACUAUAUGGGAUGAUUUAGGUAUUCUUGAUAAGCUUGAUGACAUUCCACCAACUCCAUUUGAAUACGAAUUAAUCACACAAGAUCUAUAUCAUUCAAUCAUAGAGAAUGAAUUGGAGUUCAAUGACCAUUAUUUUUGGUCACUGUAUGCUGCAUUGCAAACACUAGAUAAUACAAUAGAGCUAUCACCCCAUAUGAAACUUGCAAGUUACCUCAUGGUCAUAACGCCUGACUUGAACGUAUUCGAAUGGAUCUCCAAAGUAAUUUCCAAACGUAAACAGGAGGAGUACGACAUGGAGAUUAUUAAUAAUGUCUUCAAUAUUAAUGAAGUAAGAGAUAAUAAUUUCCAUAUUCGUCAGAGAAAUGGAGACAUAGGGAAUAGCAAUCCAUGGCUACAAGGUGAAAUUAUUCCCGCAGUUCUUAUUCUUCCACAUAAUACAUACUCACUAUUAUCUGGCGAAUUUAGACACCCCGUUUUCCAACAUUCUGCCUAUUUAGUAUCUCCUGCAGACAUAGGGUACCUGGAAAAAGAAUCACCAUCUCUAAGUUUCCAAAGAGCAUUGAAGGGUAUACAUUAUAAGGAUAUUGAAGAAGUUGUAGAGAUAUUUCCGGAAGUACCAUAUUGGGAUUGGGGGUGGCGGUUUGAUAUUGAUGGGAAAUGUACCGAUAUCGAAGAAUUAGGGAUAAAUGAAAAGGUAGGUGGUAAUGGUGAAGAGGAUGAAAAAAUUGAUCUGGGAUUAAACAUUCAAAAUUUAGGUUGGGAUAGUAAAAAAAUCCUUGAAAACUCACAUUACAUACAUUGGAGCGAUUGGCCAUUGGACAAACCGUGGAGGUUUACAGAUGAUUCAGAGAAAGAGUUAGAGAAGAUGUUUGAGGUUGGGCUGAAUAAAUGUAGAGAAAAUGCAAGAAGUGUUUUCUUGGAGAUUGACCUAAAUGAAAACGUAAGGGAAAAAAUUAAAGGCAGGCUAGAUAAUGAAUUGAAUUUUGCACUAAGAAAUUGCGAUGAAAGUUUGAAUGUAUGGAAAAAAAUAUACCAGUACUAUGGAGACUUGGUUAACUUUGCAAUUGAGGAGAUCAAAUGA